CAGUUCAAGAAGCGAAUACUUUCUCAAUAGAAAUUGGAUAUCACAAAAUGCUGGAUCAACAGACCUCUAGAAUAUAUGAUCGGUAUUUGCGAAAAAAAGAACUAUGCUACGGUCGUGAUGCGGAUAAUUUGAUGGAACAACUCAGGAAUUAUUUUUUCGCUCCUGCUUCACAUAUUCCAAUCCUUCAAUGCGGUUGA